GGCGGCGGGCGAGGCGGCCCGGGCGGACUUCGCGCGGCACUGGCAGGCGGAGUUCCCGGGAGCCGGCGCCCCGCAUGGAGCUGGGCUCGGUGCGGGCCAUGGAGCGGGAGCUGGAGCGCUGCCGCCGCCACCUGCGCCGCCUGCAGCGGGCGCUGGCCGAGGAGCGGUUCAAGGUGGGCUACCUGGAGGCGGCGCUGGCCCGGGCCCCCCUCCCGCCGCCGCCGCCCGCCGCCCCCGCCCCGCCGGCAGCUCCCGAGCGAGGCAGCGGCGGCAGCUCCGACGCGGAGGACGCUUCCUCGGCAGAUAUAAUUGAAAAUUCCUGAUCGUGGUGCUGUUUGCUUCUCCUGCCAGCACGCUGGUGGUGUGUAACUCAGUUAGUGCCGCUCUGCCUGGGUCCCUCAGUAUUUUAAUGUGAAUUUUGGAGCGUAGUGGUGCUGUGGCUGUGGUUGAACGCAUCAGUCCCCAGCUGUAUCACCAUAACCUAUGGAAGCACUAUCCGGACAGCAAGUGAAGGAGCGUUGAAUACCGUCUUUAAGGGAAUUACCAGUGGUUUCCUUUAAGUAGCUUGUGAUUAAUCUGAUUUAAAGCGAGGAAAUCUGCGAGAUGCCCCUGUCUGCGGCUGUUGCACGAGAGCAGCGCGUGUGACAGCCAGAUACACGAUCCUGGCAUCUGAGAUAACGCCUGUGCCAGCUCACCCGGGACCGACAAAAUCUGAGCGUCAGCGAGCAGAUGGCUAAGAACGAAGCGUGGAAAGGACUAAAAUUCCCUUCAUCCUGGCCGUCACCUGUCCCUGUGGCCAAACACGCAGCUGGCCUCGCAGCUGAAAGGGAUGGAGGGUCCGGUGCUGCGGGUUGGU